AUGGACCCGAAAUGGACCCCAAAUGGCUCUGUCUGCGUCGACAGCCACCGCUCCGAGCCGCUCGUGGCGACGGGCGGCGCCGACGGCGUCGUCUGCCUGUACGACACCGCGCAGCGCAAGGCCCUGUCCAAGAUGAAGGGCCACGACGGCGCCGUCCACCGCGUCCGCCUACACCCGCGCGCUGCGCCCGUCUCGUGCCUAUCCUUCUCCGAGAACGGCUUCUACCUCGCCACCGGCGGCGCCGAGGGCGCGCGCACCGCGCGCCUGAAAAACAUCCACACGAUCGACGUGGGCGCGCCCGUCCGCUCCGCCGCCUUCGACUUCAGCGGCCAGUUCCUCGCCGCCGCCGCGGGCACCACCUCCCUCUACGAGACAAAGUCGUGGGCGUCGCUCGCGCAGCACAAGGCGGCGGCGAGCGGCGUCUCGUUCGGCGCCGCCGCCUCGCUGCUCGUCGCCGCGGGCCCGGACGGCAAGCUCACCCUCUACGGCAGCGCGUGA